CGAAUUCAUCUCAACAUUCUGUUUCGGUUUUGACCAUCGGACGGUUCUUGCAUAAUCGGCUCAAAACCACAGGCUUCUGGUACCAAGAAGCAAUCGGAAUACCUAGCACGAUGGACUCUGCUGCGGCUGCAGCCGAGCGAAAACGAAAGCGUCUGGAAGCCUGGAGAAAGAGAGCGGCGUCAAACAAUGCUGCUAGCAGUGCUCCCGCCAAGGUGCCCACCGUAAAGGUGUCGCUCUCGCUGAAUUCCAAGGCGACUAUGAAACUAAAAUCGAAAACGAUAAAGAAGACGAAGGGUUUGGCUAAGAGCAGAGCCGCCGGCUUGUUAUCUCGUCCUCUGAAUCCCUUCGGCGACGUAGACGAUGACGACGACGGAGAUGGCGAAGGGGACGAUUCCGAUGAUGACAACCACAACAAACGGGGAACGAAGAUGGGACUCGGCUUCAUGACAUUUUCGGAGAGCGAUGCCCAACCAAAUACAGAUAAAGGUGGGGAGGACACAGCUACGUCGGGACCGCCUUCAAAGAGACGCCGGAGGGGCCGAUGGGACUCUCCGGCCAAGCCGGAGCCCGUGGCAGCACCUGCAUCGAUGCUGCUGGAAGAAGGAAUGUCCUCCAGACAGGAAGAAAAGGCCGUGGGAGAUGCCCUCGACAAGUUCAUGGACAAACUCGAGGCGGGGGCUCUGGGUAAUGUUGCAACCCAGGUCAGGGUCGGCACGGACGGGAAGAUUGGAAAAGAAAUGCUAUCGAUCGACGUGGGGGGGAGCAUGAUGCGGGUUCCCAAGCUCUUCCACAACAAGCAACCACAGCCCUCACCAGUUUCUGGGGGGGUGAUCACACCCGAUAUGAUUGCCAAAUUGUCCACAGCAGCCUCGAUCCCCACUAAAGCGACACCAGUGUCGAAAGCCAAGCAAGCCAAUCCAGAGGCCUUGUAUACGCCAAGUGAUUGGGAAAGCGGAGCCGGAACCGCCGACGAAGCCGACGAGAAUGAUACGGAUGACGACACAAAAGAGCUAGAGGAUGAAGAAAAGGCCCGGAGAGCCUUCAUUGAGGCCUUGAAAACCGCAACCGGGCGGGUGGAUGACGCAAAUGAUACGGAAAAACCCGGCCAGGGAGAGGCGGUCCUGGCCGCGGAAGUAAAGAGCGAAAAAACGCGGAGAGAACAACGGUUCAGGGACCUCGAACGCGAGGCAGAAAACGCACGAACCAUGGCCGAGUUAGCGGGAGCUCCUGAAAUCGGACGUCUCUACAACGAUGUAGAAGGUGGUGUGAUGGAAGAAGCCGAACGAAACCUAGGCGCUGCGAUGGCGGCUCCCGACGCGCUUCAGGUUCUUGCAGAACUCAACAAGAAAAAAGAACUCAAGAGUGUGGACCAUUCCAUGGUCGAUUACAUAGACUUCAAGAAGAAUUUGUAUAUUGUUCCCCGUGCCCUGGCAAAGCUGAACAACGACGAAGUAGCGAAUCUGCGCGGGAAACUCAAGGUGAGGGUUCGGGGGCGAGGUGCACCCGCCCCGGUUGCCUCCUUUGAACAAUGCGGUCUCUCGGAACGGAUCAUGAGGGUCUUGGAAAAACAAGGCAUUCGACAACCCUUUCCAGUUCAGGCACAGUGCCUUCCGUGCAUCAUGGCUGGGAGAGACGUCAUUGGGGUUGCAAAAACAGGCAGCGGCAAGACACUCUCCUAUCUAUUGCCAAUGCUCCGACAUAUUACAGGUAUGUGCCCAUUUUUCUUUUUAUUGUGCGAGAAUGGAUAGUAUAUGGUACACAUGCUCAUCGUUUCAAUUGGCUUCCUUUCUUCGAUUUUCACUUAGAUCAACCUCCAUUGGAACCCCAUGAAUCUGGACCAAUAGGAUUGGUCCUUGCACCAGCGAGAGAAUUGGCCUAUCAGAUUCAUUUGGUCUGCAAGUCGUUGACGAAACCUCUUGGACUAAAGUAAGUUUCCAGACCCUCAAUCAUUGUAUGGUGAUGGCAUGGUGAUUCAAUGCCGACGCGUUGUCGAUUCGAUUGUUCCGGCGCAAACGUUGGCCCAUUUCUAACAGAAUGCUUUUGGUACAAGCUUCCAGUGUCUUGUUCCUGAUGGAUACUGGCAGCCACUACCCAACAAUCAAUUAGUGAAUGGAGGAAACAAGUUGGCCAAAAAACUUUGUCUUGUUUUUAUAUCGUUUGCGUUGCAAAAGUGGAAAUGGUUGUGGUAGUUUCUUUUUGAUAUUUUGACUCAUGAAUUUUUCCCCUGUUUCUUUUUGUUAUUAAAAUUUAGGUCCGCUGCCGUGUAUGGUGGUGCCAGUGUUGCGGAACAAAUUGGAGAUUUGAAACGCGGGACACACAUCGUAGUAGCAACGCCCGGACGACUCAUUGAUAUUUUGACAAUGCAAUCGGGCAAGCUGCUCUCGUUGCAACGCGUUACCUACGUAGUAAUGGACGAAGGUGAUCGAAUGUACGACAUGGGAUUUGCUCCACAAAUCUCGGCCAUCUUGGCUGCGGUUCGACCAGAUCGACAAACGGUCCUGUUCUCUGCUACAUUUCCGAAAACGGUUGAAAAUCUUGCCCGAAAAUCACUCAAGUACCCGCUCGAAAUUAUCGUAGGGGGGCGAUCCGUAGCUUCGGACAACGUGUCUCAAUACGCAGAGCUGGUUGAAGAGGACGAUAAAUUUUUCAGGUUGCUGCAACUUCUCGGAGAAAAUGUAGACGAAGAAAAGAAGGCAAUUGUCUUUGUCGACACACAGGUACGGGCCGACAAUUUGUUCGAACAGCUCCUUCGAAAUGGAUACGUGUCUCUGAGUCUUCACGGGGGGAAAGAACAGGAGGACCGAGACUCAACUAUUUCCGACUUCAAACGCAAGGAUGGGCCCGGUGUACUAGUAGCAACGGGAGUUGCGGGUCGUGGACUCGACGUUCCAUCAUGCAGAUGCGUCAUAAAUUACUCUUGUCCAAACCAUUUGGAAGCAUAUGUCCAUCAAGUCGGGCGUACAGGCCGUGCCAACAAGAAAGGAGUCGCGUACACUUUUGUCAACUCUACAGACGAGGCAAAGUACGCGCCCAACAUUGUCAGAGCAUUGUCAGAAACUGGUCAAUCUGAAAAUAUAUCACCCGAGCUCAAGGCCUUGUCUGAUUCGUUCAAGGAAAAAGUUGCAAAAGGAGAGGCGAAAUAUGCAGGGUCUGGAUUUAAGGGGCGGGGUUACACCUACGACAAGUCAGAAAUGUCGGAGGCGCAAAAGGUUGCACAGAGCGAGAAGAGACAGGCCCUCAUAGAAGCAGGUCUUCUGGAUCCCGACGAUGAGGACCCUCUGAUGGAGAAGAAUGACGACGCGGACAAAUCAACGAACGACGAGAAUGGCGAAGGAAAGUCGUCGGAGUCUUCGGACGCUGAUAAAGUAUUAGAACUUCAUGCGAAAUUGACACCCGAGUUACUAGCCCUUCCCGGAAUGAAAGACGCUAUUCUCCGACGAGCUGGAAUUGUCAAGGAUGGCGAAGAGAAUGACCCGUCGUUGGGAAGACCAGUGCAAAUGGGCAAAAAUCACUUUCUGCAAGAGUUUGAAAUUAAUGACUACCCGCGAGAAGCCCGUUGGAAGGUUACACAGAAAGAGACAACAACUCGCUUGCAAGACGAAUUUCAGACUGCAGUAACGCUGAAAGGUGUUUACGUUGCACAUGGUCAAACCCCCGACGAAGGACAACGCCGUCUCUACCUACAUCUAGAGGCUACAAGUGAAAUGGUUUUGCAAAAUUGUGUUGUUGAAAUUAAACGAUUGUUGAACGAAGAAACAUUGCGAGUUGGUGCAAAGUCCUCUUCCGGUACCAGUAGCCAUAAAUACAGCGUACUGGGUAAAUAAUUUAUCUUGGAGACAUGGGUUGUAAUGAGGCACUACGUCGUUAUGGAAUCUCUAUGUGAUCUGUAAGUCCUGGAGGCAUACUAAAAUAAGUACAAUUAUUCAAAGAUUUUGAAUAAAGAAACUACACUUUU